AUGUCGCGACAGGGCUCCCGAACCCGAAAUGGCCUGAAGCUGCCAUUUGCGCUUGAAAAGGAACUUGGACUCGAGGGCAGAUCACGAUCAGGCGCUGGAGGCGGGCGAGGCGGGCGGCGACAGCAUGGGUCGGUGCAAAGCAGAAAAGAGCAGCGCAAAGCGCAGUGGCAGGAGAAGAGACAGAAUAUAAGAGGAACAGGAGGAGCCCAGAGGAGAUUUCCCGUCACCAAGCAGGGGUUCUCAGAUGAAGACUCGGACGAAGACGAUGCCGACGAUGAACCUGCACUCGCGCCCGUUGUGUCGAAGAGAGAUGCUGCGAAAGCAAAGAUCAGGGAAGAGGAGCCCAUAAAGCUGAAGUCGAUCCUCAAAAAGCAAAGAGACCCCUCUCCAUCCCCAUCACUGUCUGAAAGCUCUCUCCCGUCGCGGUCACGGUCUUCCUCUCCAGGCCUCGUCCUCGACGCCCAUUCCCAAGCCUUCAAAGAGCGAGCUGCACAGGAUGACGCCGAGGUCGCGGCUCUUGAGAGAAAGCUAGGAUUGAAGAAGAGGAAAGUGUCAAAAUCUCUCGUGGAUGAUGGGUUGGACGACUUGCUGGACGGGCUGGACGAAGAGGAUCGAGGUGUCAAGAGGAAGAGCGAGAGCCAGGUGUGGUUGGACAGGAAGAGAAGAAAGGCUGAUGUUCAAGCUGGUGAAAGCGCUGAGGACGAGUUUGGGCUUGAUGACCAGAGUGACGACGACGACGACCUAAAUGGAGAACAGGGCGAAAGUGACGAUUCAUUAGACGAAGAUCCGGAGGAGUCCGAAGAGCAGGAGUCUGAUGAGGACGCGAGUUUACGAAGUGAGGACUCUUUUGAAGGCUUUGAAUCAGAUGAAGACCUGUCCGACGUCCAGCCCCAACGGGUCCGAGAAAAUCCUUACGUCCCUCCAGUCUCCCAAGCUCCAGCGGGAAAGUACGUCCCGCCGUCACUGAGAAAAGCACAAAUUUCCGAAGGUCCUUCGCUCGAAAGACUGAAAAGACAACUUCAAGGCCAGCUCAACAAGCUAUCUGAAGCCAACCUCGUAUCGAUUCUAGGGGAAAUGGAGAAAAUCUACCAGUCCAACCCCAGACAAGACGUCACAUCCGUCCUGAUCGACCUCCUGUUGACCCUGUUCUGCAACAAGUCAGCUCUCUCAAACACCUUUGUCAUCCUUCACGCCGCAUAUGCGACGGCAGUGUACAAGGUUAUUGGCGUGGAUUUUGGCGCGGAACUACUUUCACAGUUAGUCGAGCGACUUGACCAAUAUCGCAGCGAUACCGCGACCGGCAAAGAAGCACUGAACCUGAUAAGUCUUCUCUGUCACCUCUUCACAUUCCAUCUGAUCAGCAGCGCGAUAAUCUUCGACUAUAUCCGAUCAUUGCUCGAGAAACUCAGCGAGAACAACACAGAGUUGCUGCUCCGGGUCGUCCGGGACUGCGGUCAACAAUUGAGGCAGGAUGACCCGUCUUCACUCAAGGACAUUAUCCAAAUCAUGCAAAAGGAAGCGGCGCGAAUGAACUCGGCGGGAGAACAAAUGAGUGUGAGAACAAAAUUCAUGAUCGAGACGAUUACCGAUCUGAAGAACAACAAGAUGAAGACUGCGACGAAUAAUGCAGGCUUAGCGAGUGAGCACAUCACACUGAUGCGGAAGGUGCUUGGUUCGUUGAACAACAAUCGCACCAUCAAAGCUUCUGAGCCACUGCGGAUCACAAGGGAUGAUAUCAAGAACAGCGACAAGAAGGGGAAAUGGUGGCUAGUUGGAGCUAGCUGGAAAGGUCAUGAACCACCACCAGCAGCACCGGCCGAGGGGCGCACCGACAACUCGAACCCGAUGACCAACAUCGGUCUUGAUGAUGAUGAAGAAGUCGAUCUGCUGGCCCUUUCGCGCCAUUACGGCAUGAACACGGACAUCCGUCGUUCGAUCUUCGUCGCCCUUCUAUCAGCAGUGGACUACCAAGACGCGCAUCUACGUCUCCUCAAACUGCGUCUCAAGCGUACCCAAGAGCAGGAGAUCCCCAAAGUCCUGCUUCGCUGCAGCGCCGGAGAAAAUCCCUACAACCACUAUUACACGCUCGUUGCGCGGAAAUUGUGUCUGGACAGGAAGAUGCGCAAGGCCUUUCAGUUUGCGCUGUGGGAUUUCUUUAGGAGGAUGGGCGAGCAUCCGAAUCGUGAAGACGACGAGGACGACGGGGUCAACGAAGAAGACCAGGAAGUGGAAAUGACCGAGAUCGCCAACCUCGCGAGGUUGUAUGCCUAUUUGAUCCUGGAUGGAGCAGAGACUCUCGGCGUCCUGAAAGUACUGGAACUCGCCUAUAUAAAAGAGAGGACGGCCAUGUUUGUGGAGCUCUUGCUCAUCAUCAUCAUGACCGAGGCGAAGGACAAACCGGACGCUCUGGUAAAGGUGUUUGAACGCGCAGCCGAAACGCCACAGGUGAUCAAGAGAUUGCAGUUCUUCAUCAAGAAGAACGUGCGGACUUCGGAUUUGGUGGGCAAGAAAGACAGGGACGUUGUCAAACGAGGGUGUCAAACUGCGCUGGAGACGUUGAGGAGACUCGAGAUGAUCAACGAGGAGACGGAUGUAUAA